CCAGCCUCGUGCAGGCUAUCUUUUGAGGGUUUUCAACGACCGUCGCGUUGCUUGAAUUUGCCCGAGGUCAUUCGAUCGAGUAAUCGACCAACGUAAAUGGUUUUCGCCGACAACCGAACCGUUGAUCCUGCCCUCCAUGUACAUCCACACAGUACAUUGAAAUAUUCUCUUGACCUCGAUCGCAUAUCUUAUCUUCAAGCUCGCAUAUAUCUAUCUAGUAUUCCCAGUCUCUGUGAGCCCAAUUCAGUGUUCUCUAUAUUACACAAGAAGCUUCAUCUCUAUUUCGCAGAUAAUCGUUUUGAUACCUCAUGCGAUUCCAGUUCAACAUCGCCCAAGAUUGGAGACACGACCAACAACAAUUCUAGUUUGACUGUAUUCGCCAUCGGUUCUUCUCCAAAUUAUCCCACAAAAGUACACCGUUUUCGUAAUGGCCAGCAACUUCAAGGACGACAGUCCGGAUACGAUUGGUCCUGAGACCACACCGAAGCGAUCCUUCUCUGAAAAUGGUCGUCGCAUUGUCAAAGCCUUCACAACAAAAGAAGGCUUGGUAGGCGACUACGACUAUGCAUUCUUAUUCAAGCCUCAGCUACCAUUGAAACGGGCACGUAGAGCAGGUCCCUUCUUCGGCCUCAACGAUAAGAUGCCCGUAUUUCUUGCUCUGUUAUUGGGCUUCCAACACGCCCUUGCUAUGCUUGCAGGCAUCAUCACUCCCCCGAUCAUCCUCUCGGGUAGUGCCAACCUCAUCCAGGCAGAUCAACAGUAUCUGGUAUCCGCAUGUCUGAUCAUGAGCGGCAUCUUGAGCAUGAUCCAGAUCUCCCGUAUUCAUAUCUGGAAAUCUCCGUACUACGUCGGUACUGGUUUGAUCUCGGUCGUGGGAACAUCUUUUGCGACUAUCCCUGUCGCUACAGGUGCAUUCUCGCAGAUGUACGCUACUGGUUUCUGUCCUUCAGAUGCAGAUGGCAACCCUCUUCCAUGUCCCAAUGGAUAUGGCGCCCUGAUUGCGACCUCAUGCGUCUGUGCCCUUCUCGAGAUUCUGAUGUCUUUUACACCACCGAAAAUUCUGAAGAAAAUCUUCCCUCCUAUCGUCACUGGACCCACCGUCAUGUUGAUUGGUGUAUCUCUGAUCAGUUCCGGAUUUGAGAACUGGGCCGGAGGCAGUGGUAGCUGUGCGUCUCGUCCCGAAACUGGUCUCUACAGUCUAUGUCCCAACGUAGGGGCUCCUCACGCGCUUCCUUGGGGAAGUGCCGAAUUUAUAGGACUCGGAUUCCUUGUCUUCGUCAGCAUCAUCUUGACCGAGCGCUUUGGUAGCCCAAUCAUGAAGUCAUGUGCUGUUGUCGUCGGCUUGCUCAUCGGCUGUAUUGUGGCUGCUGCGUGCGGAUACUUCGAUCGCAGUGGUAUUGAUGCUGCACCUGUCGCCAACUUCAUCUGGGUCCGCACCUUCAAGCUACAGGUUUAUGGACCACUGGUCUUGCCAUUAUUAACAGUCUAUAUCGUCUUGGCUAUGGAAGCAAUCGGCGACAUCACGGCGUCGUGUGAUGUGUCCCGCCUCCAAGUCGACGGAGCCAUGUUCAACAGCCGCAUUCAGGGUGGCGUCCUUGCCGAUGGUUUGAACGGACUCAUUGCAGGUCUAUGCACAUUAACACCUAUGUCUGUAUUCGCUCAGAAUAACGGCGUGAUUGCCUUGACCCGAUGUGCCAACCGCAAGGCCGGCUACGCGGCCUGCUUCUGGCUACUUAUCAUGGGUAUCUUUAGCAAGUUUGCCGCCGCAUUGGUAGCCAUACCUUCAUCAGUCCUCGGUGGCAUGACCACUUUCCUUUUCGCCUCGGUCGCAACCAGUGGUCUUCGUAUCAUCUCGACGAUCCCUUUCACCCGCCGCAACCGAUUCAUUCUGGCCGCAGCGUUUGCUCCUGGCUUCGGUGCUACUCUUGUUCCCACUUGGUUCAGCUACGUCUUCACCUACUCCGGCAGCAAUCAAGCACUACUCGGCUUCUUCAACGCCAUCGUACUAGUGAUGGAGGAGGGCUUCGCCCUUGCUGCCUUCAUUGCGUUGAUCCUCAACUUGAUCUUGCCCGAAGAAAUGGAAGAUGAAGAGAUCCCCGAGUUGACUGCCAACACCAUCGAUGCACCUGCGGAUGAAGAGGAGUGGAGACACAUCAGAAGAGAGGAUGAGAGCGAAAAGAUCGCUCCCGUCAAAGAAUAGAUAUGAGAGAGGUCAAAAGGUAUAACAGGCCUCUAGAGUUACGUGGUGAUGAUUGAAGAUAUGAAGGCCGGUAUAUUGAGCUUAGACAUGAAAAGUUUGCUCUUAACAUAAUACUAUUAUAGUAUAUCAAAUGUCCUUUUUGCAUCUCGGAAA